AUGUUUGGCUCGCUCACGCCUCUGAUCCUUGCGGCCAGCGGGCUCAAGUCGAGCACAGGGAUCGUGUUCAAUCAGGCGUCCAAGCACGCAGCAUACUCGCCAUCGCUGACGGUAGCGCUCUGCGAGACCAUCAAGCUUUUUGCCUCGUUUGCACUCCUCACUCGAGCGCUGCAUCAAGAGAGGACCGGAAACCUGUCCGCCUCGACGCUAAGCCAGACUGGGCAAGGCUAUCUGCCGGUACGAGCCGACGAUCUCGAGGCGCCGGAUACAGAAGUCAAAGACAAGUCUCGAUUUACGAGCAACAACGAUGGAGCGUCAGCGACCCACCGCAGUCCUUCUUUGCUAGAGAGUAGUCUGGACGACCAUCUGCGGGUUCCGCCUACGCUCAUGCAGCACGUCUUAUCGCAGAUCUUCCAGAUGCAAGGACUCCGGCUGAUCGUGCCCGCCCUGAUCUACGUGGUUCAAAACAACCUCUACUUGUACGCAGCCUCGGUGCUCGAUCCUGCCUACUUCCAGGCGUUGUGGCAGAUGCGCAUCCUGAUGAGCGCUCUGCUCACGUGCACGGUGCUCAAGAAGCGCAUCCUCCCGCUGCAAUGGCUCUGCAUUCUCGGCAUCUUUGGCGGCGUCAUGCUCGUCAAAGCGGCCACCUCGGCCCCGCGCGUUUCGCAGCAGCCAAGCCGAGUGGAUGCCGGAGCAACGCUCUCAGCGUCGAUCGCUCUGUGCGUGGCGGCACUCUUGAGUUCCACAGCCGGUGUCUUUCUCGAGUACAUCUUUCGCGAUCGCAAGGUCAAUCUGUGGGCAUCCAACGUUCAGCUUUCCUGCUUCUCGAUACUUCCCGCCGCCAGCAUUUUCAUCUUUGGCAAUUCCUCCAACAAGGCGGCAGUCUACCACGACCUUCAUGCCAGUCUCUGGCCGACCGGAGCCAUCCUUUGUCAAUCGUUCAACGGCAUGGUCAUUGCGAUUCUGCUCAAGAAGGCCGGGGUGCUUAUUAACGAUCUCACCUCGGCUGUUUCGAUCGUGCUCACUUUCGCCCUCAACGAGAUGCUCUUCCCGGCCUCGAGCACCAUUGGCGGCGUCUCGGAUGUCAUGCUGGUCAUUGUCGGCAGCGCCGUCAUCCUUGCCUGCAGCGUCUCGUACAACCGAUUGAUAGAAGCACUGCCGAAACCCCGAGAGAGUCGCCCGCCAUCCACCCUGGACCAUGCUCUGCGCCAAAGUAUCGACGUAGCCAUCCACUCUCCCGCUUCGCCAGUCCGGUCUUUGUCGGCAUCCUCCUCUGCUUCGUCACCCGUGGCCACCCCUCCGCCACAUCAGCCAGCAGGCUACUUCCGCACCGCCAAUCUCCAAAAGGACGACGAAAAGGGAUACGAGUCUGCAGCGCUCAUCCAAAUGAGCGAGCUGCCCUUCCGAAGCUCUCUACGGUCCAGCCCCUGA